UCACCGGAAGUGAGGCCGCGGAAGUAGUAAAACCCGCUCCAUGGGAGGCGGGCGCGCCCUGGAGGUGGCUGGUUGCUGGGAUGGCAGAUGAAGAAGAAGACCCCACGUUUGAGGAAGAAAGUGAAGAAAUUGGAGGAGGUGCAGAAGGUGGACAGGGUAAAAGAAAGAGACUUUUUUCUAAAGAAUUACGGUGUAUGAUGUAUGGGUUUGGGGAUGACCAGAAUCCUUAUACUGAGUCAGUAGAUAUUCUUGAAGACCUUGUCAUAGAGUUCAUCACUGAAAUGACUCACAAGGCAAUGUCAAUUGGAAGACAAGGUCGGGUACAAGUUGAAGAUAUCGUCUUCUUGAUUCGAAAGGACCCAAGAAAGUUUGCUAGGGUUAAAGACUUGCUUACUAUGAACGAAGAAUUGAAACGAGCUAGAAAAGCAUUUGAUGAAGCAAACUAUGGAUCUUGACACCUUUGGUACUUUCUGAAGCUUCAUUAUUUUCUGGGGAAACCAUAUUUAAUAACUAUAUUUUCCACAGUAAGGUUCUGAUAUCUAGCCAUGUGAAUGAAAGAUAGAGAACCACAACGUUUUCAGUCUUUAUUCAUGUCUUCAAUUUUAGAGUGAUAUUUGAGCCUUUAAUUGCCUGCCGUUAUAUUACUAUACUUUGAAUUACUUACUGGAUUUUAAUGACCACAUGUAAGUCAAAGUACCUUGCAAACCAUUCAGUUCCUUCUGAUUUUGUGCCAUUGUAGGCUGUACUGUGGCUGUUUAAUAUGUGAAAUCUCAAUGGUACCUUUGAUAGCUAAGACAUGUGUUUGAUGUUUCUAAAGUUUUUAGAUUACAGUAGUCUAAGUUAUUAAAAGAUAGUGAACUGGUUUGUGUUUCUUUUAAGGAGAAAAUGAUAGAAAAUACAGCCUUUUUAAGAGUGUUUGUCUUAAGAUAAUUUGUUUUAAUACUCUUUUCUUUAGAUAACAAGUGAUUUUUUUGAUUUUAAUUUUUUAUUUUUUGAGAAACUAAAAGUUUCCUAUGAAUUCUUCUGUGUUGGAAGACCUAUUUGAUUUAAAAUCUUUUGGGCUGGGCUCCCCUGCUGGCAUAGUGGUUGAGAGUCCGCCUGCCGAUGCGGGGGACACGGGUUUGUGUCCCGGUCCGGGAGGAUCCUGCGUGCCACGGAGCAGCUGGGCCCGUGAGCUGUGGCUGCUGGGCCUGCCCGUCCGGAGCCUGUGCUCCGCCACGGGAGAGGCCACAGCAGUGAGAGGCUCGCAUACCGCAAAAAAAAAAACUUUGGGUCUUAUACUGUUUGUCAGGUUUUAAGAGAACUCAUUUCCCCAGGUCAAAUUAAAGCUUCUAAAUAUAAGUGUUUUCAGUAGCAGGAAUGGCAUUGCUGAAAAAGCUGAUGGUAGGAUAAGCAUUUGGGGUCGUGUUUUUUUGUUUUUUGUUUUUUUUGCGGUAUGCGGACCUUUCACUGUUGUGGCCUCUCCAGUUGCAGAGCACAGUCAUCCAGACGCGCAGGCUCAGCGGCCAUGGCUCACGGGCCCAGCCGCUCCGCGGCAUGUGGGAUCUUCCCGGACCGGGGCACGAACCCGCGUCCCCUGCGUCGGCAGGCAGACUCCCAACCACUGCGCCACCAGGGAAGCCCAGGGGUCGUGUUUUAUUAACAUAUUUGUUAGUACUUGUUCAUUGUGGAAAUGUGUACUUGACUAAGACCACGUGUGGCUAUGGAAACCACUUUUGUAGUUCAGCAUAUACAGGUUUUGUGUGUAUUUAGCUUAUUGUAUUAUUCUUGCACUUAGCUUAAAGUAAGGAUUUAAAAUUGCAUUUAAGGGGAUCAUUGGAUAUUACUGUUUGUGAAACUGAAUGUUUUGUGUGCUGCUUAUAAACAUUAUGAAUCAGUACUUAGGAAAAUUUUACUUUCUUAACCUAUCAAUAUAAGGAAUAAACUAUGAAAAAUUAAAAAGAUUAAUACUUGAAUUUGAUUAUGUGAUUUAUCAGCUUUUCUCCCCAAUGUAAUUCUAGCUGCUUAAUGUCACUAAAAAUUUUUUU